CUCGGACGAGCGCUCCGCUGACGCCACGUCAACUGAAGACAAGCAAAGUCUGCGAAGAACAAGCACUCGCUUCCCGCUGUGAGUUGACGACGCAGCGGCCAUGCUGGAGCCGUCCUCGAGCGAAGACACCGGCGGAGAGUCCGACCCGGAAGUUGCCCGGGAGCCCACCGGGAGGGCAGACGGCUCCUCCGCGGUCAAGAGCCGAGCAGGCGGCAGCCGGCGGCGACAGCACACACCGCCGCACAAUCAGCGACAACCAGUCGCCGCCGCCGCCGCCGCCACCGGAGCCGGAGCCGGAGUCUCGUCCUCCGCGGCUGGAGUCGCCGCCACCGCCGCCGAGCAAAGUGCUCGCCGCCGCGGCUCCACAGGUGACGAAGAGGAGAGGCGAGAACGGGAGCGAGUGCGGCGGGAGGAAGAGGAGCACAAAGUCAAAUUGCAGAUUUACGUGUUCGUGCUGAGGUGCAUCGCUUACCCGUUCAACGCCAAGCAGCCCACCGACAUGGCCCGGCGGCAGCAGAAGGUGAACAAGCAGCAGCUGCAGGCGGUCAAGGAGCGUUUCGCCGCCUUCCUCAACGGGGAAACUCAGAUUGUGGCCGACGAAGCUUUCUGCAACGCCGCGAGGAGCUACUACGAGGGCUUCCUGAAGAGCGAGCGCGUGUGCCGCAUGGUUCAGAGCGGCAGCUGCUCGGCCGGCGACUUCUUCUCCUUCCAGCUGGACAACAUGGACGAGCAGGCGGCGCAGAUUCGCCGAGAGCUGGACGGGCGAUUGAAGCUGGUGGAAAGAAUCGUCACGGAGAGGAGAUGCCCGAAGUUCGUGUCGCCCGACAUGGAUGCCCUCUACGCCGACGAGCUACGCUCGUCCAUCAACCUGUUGAUGGCCAACUUGGAGAGCCUCCCCGUGUCCAAAGGAGGAGCCGACUUCAAGCAGAAGCUCAAGCGCUCCUCGCUCAACAACUCCUUCCUGGACCUCGGCGACGAAGUGGACGUCUUGUCCAAGUCGGACGUCUCGCUGUCCUUCACGCUGGAGGUGCUGGUCGUGGAGGUUCAGGGGCUGAAGUCGGUGGCUCCCAACAGGAUCGUGUACUGCACCAUGGAAGUGGAAGGAGGCGAGAAGCUGCAGACGGACCAGGCCGAAGCCUCCAGACCCCAGUGGGCCACGCAGGGCGACUUCUGCACAACGCACCCGCUGCCUUCCGUCAAAGUCAAACUCUUCAUGGAGAACACCGGCGUUCUGGCCCUGGAAGACAAGGAGCUGGGCCGAGUGGUCCUGAACCCCACCACCAACGGGCCCAAGCAGGCCGACUUCCACCGCAUGCUGGUGCCGAAGAACAGCCAGGACGCCGAGCUGAAGAUCAAACUGGCCGUGCGUAUGGACAAGCCGCCCAACAUGAAGCACAGCGGCUAUUUGUACGCGCUGGGACAUCGCGUGUGGAAGCGCUGGAAAAGGAGGUACUUUGUUCUGGUUCAGGUGAGCCAGUACACGUUCGCCAUGUGCAGCUACCGCGAGAAGAAGCCCGAACCGCAGGAGCUCAUGCAGCUGGAAGGCUACACGGUGGACUACUGCCACCCGCAGCCAGGCCUGCAGGGCGGCCGCGUGUUCUUCAACGCGGUGCGCGAGGGCGACCUGGUGGUGUUUGCCUGCGAGGACGAGCAGGACCGCGCGCUUUGGGUGCAGGCCAUGUACCGGGCCACCGGGCAGUCCUACAAGCCCGCUCCGCCCCCCCACGGCAACCACGCCAAAAACUGCGGCCCCGCCGGGAACAAGCCGGCAUCGCCCAUCAGUCUGGAUCCGUCCGAGCGUCAGGGCGUGGAGGAGCUGGUGUCGUCGGCGCCGAGCCGUUUCGACCACGCUCGCCUCUUCGCCCUUUUGCAGAGGCAAACGCUGCAGCACCGCAUGAACGACUCCUUCUCCUGCCUGGGUUGGUUCAGCCCGGGUCAGGUGUUCGUCCUGGACGAGUACUGCGCCCGCUACGGCGUUCGCGGCUGCCAUCGUCACCUGAGCUACUUGAAGGACCUGAUGGACUUCUCGGAGGACAACACGCUGGUGGACCCCACGCUGCUUCACUACAGCUACGCCUUCUGCGCCUCGCACGUGCACGGCAACAGGUGCACCAACGAUGAGGUGUCAGCGCAAACGCAAAGGAGCCGCCGCCAUCUGUUGAAGAUUCGCUCGUAUUCUUCUCGGGAGAAAGCCGCCGCCGCCGUCGCUGCCGCCGUCCUUCCCUCCAUCCGCAUCUCUGCUCCGUUUUUGUUUUGUGUGUGCAGGUACUGCUUCCCUUUCGGACGACCAGAUGGCGCACUGAAGGCCACCCUCUCCUUGCAGGAGAGGGUUCUCAUGAAGGACGUGAGCACGCCGGUCGGCUGCGAGGAGAUGAAGAAGGUGGUGCAGGGAUGUCUGGAGAAGGCGGCGGCCAUCAACUACAGCCAGCUCAUCGACUACGCCGACGUGAAGGCCGAGCCCGAACUGGACGCCGAGAAGAGGCUGCGGGACGCCGUCAGGCUAGCCGAGCUCGUCAUCGAAGUCUUGCAGCAGAACGACGAACAUCAUGCCGAGGCCUUCUCGCUGUGGCCCGAGCUGAUGCGCCAGCACGCCGAGAGCUUCUUGUCACUGUACCGCGCGGACAUGGACUCGUCUCUGCGGGCGCAGCCCGUCGAUUCGUGGAGCAGCUUUCCGCUCUUCCAACUCCUCAACGGCUUUCUCAGCGCCGAUCCCCAGCUGUGCAACGGGCCCUUCCACAAGCACCUCCAGGAACUUUUUGUCCCUCUGGUGGUGCGCUACAUCGACCUGAUGGAGUCAUCCAUCGCGCAGUCCAUCCAUCGCGGCUUCGAGCAGGAGACAUGGCAGUCCGUCAAAAACGGCUCCGCCACGUCCGAGGAUCUUUUCUGGAAGCUCAACGCGCUGCAGGCGUUCGUGUCGGACCUCCGCUGGCCCGAGGCCGAGUUCGCCGGCCACCUGGAGCAGAGACUCAAGCUGAUGGCCAGCGACAUGAUGGAGGCCUGCGUCAAGAGGACCAAAUGCGCCUUUGAGGGCAAAUUGCAGAAAGCCAGCAGGUCGACGGACUUGCGCGUGCCCCUCUGCGUCUGCACCAUGCUGAACAUCCUCGUGGACGCCAAGAGGCACUGCUCCAAACUCUGCGCGCUGGACACCGGGCAGGAGACGGACACACAAUGGCAACACUACCACUCCAAGAUCGACGUGCUGAUCGACGCCACCUUCCAAGACAUGAUCUCCGCUCUCGUAUCCAAGUUGUGUGCAGUGUUGGACGCGGUUCUGUCCAAGCUGUCGAGAUACGACGAAGGAACUUUGUUGUCGUCCAUCCUCUCCUUCACGGUGAAAGCAGCUACCAAAUACGUGGAAGUUCCCAAAUCCGGCUCGGACCCGGCCGACGCCUACGUGGGCUUCGUGCGGCAGAACCAGGACGUCCUGCGCGAGCGCCUCGACGACGAACUCUGCAUCGACAAAGUCUUUGACCAAUGGUACAGCGCGUCCAUGAAGGCGGUGUGCGUGUGGUUGGCCGAUCGGUUGGACCUCCAGCUGAACCCGUACCAGCUCAAGACGCUCAUCAAGAUGGUCAAGAAGAGCUACCGAGACUUCCGUCUUCAGGGCGUCCCGGACGGGACGCUCAACAACAAAAGCUACGACACCGUCUACAACCGCCUGACGGUGGAGGAGGCCACGCUGGCCGUCAAGGCGGGAGGCGGCCUGGACGGGGUCAGCAUGCGGGACAGCGACCAGGACGACGAAUGAACACCAACGACGGUCACGUCGCCCCAAAACUUCCAAGUGUCAAAUUAGUGAAGGAAACAAGCGGCCAGAAGCUAAGCUAGCGUAGCAUCCCUGUCGUUUUAGUGCGGCUAAUGCUAGCAAGCCGCACGCGGUUUGUUCCGAUGUGAGGUUUUUGGGAUACGAAAAUAGAUGAAUUCUUUUCUAACUUUUGGGACCACAAGUGUCAGGGAUAGCCUUCAACAACCGCCGGACCUCAUUUGACGGACUUUGAAUGGUGGCGGGUGUGUGUCGUGGUCCCCCUUCGACUUCCACUUUAGCGCCACCGAGCGCAUCGACUCCAUCGUCCGCCAAGUGUUUGAGCUGCUUUGAACUGUCGCGAACCAAAACAGCAGCGACAUUCUCAGAUGACUUGGGAGAAAAAAAAAACCCACGGGAACGGAUCAACACCUUCCUCAAAUAGACUCCUCCCAUUUUCCAACCCAUAAGAAUAGUUCGAUCC